ACAUCGCUACCGUAAAACGUAAGAGUGAAAAGAAGAUCGACUCUGGUCUAUUCCCGGUGUGGAGAAUUUUUGAUAAACUGCGACUACGUCGACUGCACCUCUUCCUAGAGAUGCUGCCUGGCCUGCUGCGUUCACCAGCAACUUUUAUCUCAAGAUCUGAAGAUUUCUGACCUUCGAUCACAGUUCACCGGUGGUUGACAGCCUGAGAUAAAUGGGAUUUAAAUUCCUCGGAAGCUGGCUCUCGCUUUAGACUUGUGGCUUUGCAGGUUAGAUACCUCACCAGGAACAAAGAAUUCUGCUAUUGAACUAAGGAAAUCCAGCCCUCAAGAAAUUCAUUUAGCACAAUGAACUAUCAAGAAGAGAAUGCGUGCUUUGACAACUAUGCAUAUCACCACUCAGAAACACUGGAAAUGAACAGACGUACACCGGGGCAAUCUUCUAUGUUCCGCACUGCUCCAUUGCCAUCUUCCUACCAGCAAGAACUAUCUGAUUCAUCAGAUGUUUGGAGAAAUUGGAGCCAGCCAGAAGUUAUACAAAUGAUAACUAUUGGAAGAGUAAACAGUGAAUUAGGACCUCGAAUCAUUAAUAUGAAUCCCUACGAAAAUAGCAGAGGGUGUGUUAAUCCUGGAUUUGAGCCCAUAGAAGAUGAAUCUUAUAGCUCAGCUUCAUCUUUGUAUGACUGGCAUAGUGACCAAGAUCCUUCUUUCAUUCCCAACGUUCAUGGAGAUGAUGACAUUUCAAACCAAGAGCUAGCUAUGGCAAGACGGCGUAGAAGUACUGGCACUGGAAGCCUAUCAGCUGGUUUGAGAUUUUCGCAGUUUGUAAAUUCACAACAGGAAAUAAGCACAGGAGAGAAGGAAGAACAGCGAGAGUUCAUUGCUGAGCUUGUGGCUUUAUCUCCCAAUGAAAGAGCAAAGGCCAUCCAAGAACUGACAGUGAGCAUGGAUAAGAAACGAAAGAUAAGGAAUCAGGUGUACCUGGAGAUUGGACCAAAGUCAAUGAAAGCAGAUUAUCAAAUAGCUUGCUGCACCCAGCUUCUGACUAACAUAUCAUCUUCUCUUCGACACUUUUGUGAAACCAUGACUGAAAUUUUAUACUCCAUUCAUCCGUGGCAUAGAUCCCUGAAAAUUAUUGGUGGCAUGUUCGGAACAGGAGUUCUCUCUUAUUUCACCUUCCUCAAGUGGCUACUUAUGUUUAACGUCUUUUCCUUCCUGAUUAACUUCAGCUUCAUUACCAUUCCACAAUUCUUUGCCUUGGAUCCCAACAACCUCACUUUCACAGGCUUGGAGCUUCUCACUGGCGCAGGCUAUUUUACACAGACCGUGUUUUAUUAUGGGUUUUAUACCAAUGCUAGCAUUCAAGCAAGUCCUUCUGCUGCAAUGUACAAUAUGCAGCUUGCUUAUUUUCUCACAUUUGGAUUCUACAUGCUGAUUUGCUUUCUGUAUCUGGUUUACAGUAUAGCAAGGUCAUUCAAUGAAAACUUCACAAUUGGUACUUCAUCUGGUGAGGCAGCCUGGCUUCUAUGUUCAUGGGAUUUUAACAUAACUAAUGAAAAAACUGUUCAACUGAAAAAAACUAGCCUGAGCACACAGUUAAAGGAAAUGUUAUCAGAAAAAACACGUUACAAGAGACAAUUAACAAGAAAGCAGAAAAUUGUGAGAUGUUUAAUUCAUCUGAUUGCUUGGAUUAUUUCGUUAGGUACAACAGUGGGCUGCUGUGUUGGAGUUUAUUUCUAUUCUAAAUCUAAUUUUCAGAUUAUUCAAAAAGAUGCAACCAAGGAAGAACUGCAAAAGCAAGCAUCUACAUUGUUUUUGCCUUUUCUGGUGGCAAGCAUCAAUUUAUUUAUACCAUUGUUCUUCUCUUUCCUCGGCCUUAUGGAAAGAUUCAAGUAUCCAUGGCAUGAGAUAUACGUUCUUAUUAUAAGAAACAUUUUGCUGAAGAUGUCAAUAACUGGAGUUCUGUGCUACUAUUGGCUGGUGAUAGUAGCAGAAGUAAUGGAGUGUUGGGAAACUUUCGUAGGCCAAGAUCUCUACCGACUUGUAGUGACUGAUUUUAUCUUCUCAUUAUUCAGUUCCUUCUUUGGGGAAUUCAUUCGAAGCGUCAUAGGGAGAUAUUGCUGGCCAAAACUUGGAAUACCAGAAUUCGACAUUGCAAGGAAUGUGUUAGCAUUAAUCCAUGCACAAACACUUGGAUGGGUUGGACUUUUCUUUGCACCCCUUUUACCAGCAAUACAGAUCAUUAAGUUCUUCAUUACGUUUCACGUUAAAAGGGUUAGUCUGAUGAUGAAUUGUCAGCCACCUCGCAUAGCUUGGCGAGCUUCCCACAUGACAACAAUCUUCAUUUUCCUGUUGUUCUUUCCUGCCUUUAUCGGGGUUCUUUGCCUGAUAGGCGUAACUGUGUGGAGAUCGAAGCCUUCUGAAUUCUGUGGCCCCUUUAGAGGAUUAAGUGUCCCUUAUAGUGCCGUUUCAAGAUUUAUUCAUGGGCCGAUUCGUCAGCUGGAGUGGCUUGGGUGGAUCUACAACAAAUUGAUUGUGAAUCCGCUGUUCUUCUUCAUUUUAACAAUUAUUGUGUUUGCUAUUAUCUAUCUGUAUUGGCAAAUUAUCGAUGGGCAUAAAAUGAUGGCAAAACUCUUACAAGAGCGUAUUAUUAAUGAAGGAAAAGACAAAGCAUAUUUAUUACAAAAACUCACAGCCUUGAAAAUGAGGGAAGUUUCCAAUGAGACAAAGACAAAAUCCAGCACGGAGCCAUAUAUGCAACUUGAGGAAAGAAGAGGAAUUCAUCAAUAUAGCCCAGAUCUUACAGAGGAGCAUGGCUUUGGAUCACAAUGGAGGAAUAACAAAGUGCACCCAGGAUUAGAUGAAGAAUUUGUGCCUACCAGCAACACAGAGCUGCCAAAUGUAACAAGUGAACAUGAGAGAGAAGACCAAGGGCAUAACCCGAAUGCAAGAGAGGAAGCUGGCAGUGCUCUUGCACUGGCAUUGGCUGCCAAGCGUCAGGCAGAACAACAGGACUAUUAAUAACUAUUCUCAGUGCUUUAUGCCACUCAAGAAAUCUCUAAAUGAGGACUUGCGUGAAAAAUCACAGGUAAUUCUAAAACUCUUGCCUCUAAUGGCGACACUUCCACCUCAGGUGAGCAUUUGGAUAGAUCCGCUCACAGUGCAUUCAUAAACCUACCGAUAGCUGGAAGACUUUUGAAUGCUGGCACAAGUCCUUCACAGUUUUUGCUGCUCUGUUGGUCUUGAAAUAAUUGGGGGUAUUUACAAUGGUUACUCAUGCUAAUAAAUGUUACUCUACGUGCUCCACCUUGUAUCAAUAGAAAUGGAAAUUAGAUCAUCUAGUCCAAUGAAGUCACAUGCUUAGAAAUCUGCAUCACAUAACCUUUUCCUCCGGCACUGAGUGAUUGAAAAGCAGUUCAUCUGGAUAUUAAUCAGAUUUCCAACCCUGUCUAUGAUAUCAAUCAGGGAAUUUGGCCAGAUCACCCUUGCAAUUUUGACGCAAUUUCUGUGACAGUACAAUCAUUUCUUGGUUAAAGUUGCUUUUGGAGUUUUGCACAACAAUUUGAAACACAUAGCUUUUGGAGUACCCAUUGUAGGGCAUUACCAGGAAGACAAAGUAUUAAUCUCACAGAGCAAACUGGGAGAGUUGCACUAGGUGAGAACUUUCUUAAAUCUUCAUGAUCCCUCCUGCACAGAGUGGCCCCCUCAACAGUUCACAAUCUCACAGAUGUUUUCUCAGUCCCUGGUCUAUGGCAUCCAAUGAAUUUCUCCCAUUCUCUGCUACUUCUGAAGCUCCCUACCAUCCUGAUGCUCGCUUCUCUGGAAACCUCUUCCUCCAAACCCGGACCUUCAAUCAACCCUCUAAGUUCAGCCAUGGAAGAAGAAUAUCAGGUUACAGUUUAACCUGAAAGAACAUAUGAAGCCUAAUAACUUGAUGCUCAGGCCUUAGACCUUAGUCAGAAAUAAAUUUUGAAACAGUGGGAUAGUCAUUGUUCCAAUAUGUUAACGGCUUUUCAGUGUAUCCUUUAAAGUCCACAAAUUUAUAGAUAAUAUUACCUAUACUUCCUGAGGAAAUAUAUAUAAAUACUUUAUAAUGAAUAUUUUCAGUAGAUUAUUUUGGAAAAUUACUCUAAAGUAACUGCAACAUUUAUUUUAAUAAACUACAAGAAGAUUGUUCCUCCUUAAUUUGCAACUCAAUAAUAGUUAACAAUUAUAAAAUCCAAUUAUUCUAUGUAUGUUUGUAACCCUUUCAAUUACAUAAACCUGGUCCAUUCACAUUUUGGUAAAUUCUUGUGUGUUGUUGUAAUCUGAUCUGUAUAUUUCCUUUCUUCUGGCACCUGGAUAUAGAAAUUUUGUUGGGAGUUCUAGUUUUCUGCUGCAACUUAGGGGAAAAAGUGGGCAAGUUGUGUCACUUCUCCAGGGCUGCUGAUGUUCUGUUACUGAAGUUUGAGCAGAAAUCUUGGACAGCUCCAACAGAUUUUAUAUAUCUUGGUGGUUGCAGUUGGCAGGUGCAGUUUAAAUCCCUAGCCACUUUACUUCUCCAAUGUGCUUGCAUGUUAACUUCAUUUGAGCUGUGAACUACAGCACUGUGACAUUUUCAUUUCAUGCCUUACAAUAUUAUAAAAUAGUGCCAAUAUAGGCUGGUUUCGAUCUCAUGAAGACAGUCAGCUAGAAUGGUGCUGCUUAAACCAUUUUGCACAGAGUUUCUCACUCAUGUUUGUGAGAAUUAUCUUUACUCAGACUGCGCCAGAUUUAAACUGGUUCUGAGAGAAAAUGUACAAUGGAUUAAAUCAGAGAAACACUUCUGAUUUAAUACUGUUCAAUAUUUUAUGUCUUAACCUGAGGUUUACUGCAGAAUACUCCAGAUGCUGGAAAUCUGAAAAUUACAAAAGAUGCAGGAAAUGCAUAGCAGGUCAGGCAGCACUUAUGGUAGAGUAUAUUUAAAGUUUCAGGUCAAUAAAUAUCAUCUCACCCAUUGGUCCUCGAUCUGGCUCAUGGCACAUGUUCCCCUCCUGGGUACCAUGAGUGUGCUUUUGGGGGUGCAUGGUCCCAGAAUCCUCAAGUGGCUAAUAGAGCCAUUCCAUAAGCUCAGAUAGCACAAACAGAGGCACUUCCACCUACCAGGAUUCAUUUCCCAUCUUCAUACACAAAUAAGUAAUUAAAAAAGAAAAAUAAAGUUUAAUUGAAAGCAUACGAAUUAUUUUUAAAUCCCUUCACUUUCAUCACUGAAGAUCAGAAAUUCCAUUCAAAUAUACCUGACACUGCAGCUUGACUAGAAUAGCUGAACAGCCAGGUAUAAAAUGCAUUUAUCUAUUUGGAGGAGAGCAUGGUGGCAAGCUGACAUAUCCUAAAGGAAUCACCAAAUAGCUCCCAGCACAAUUUGGCCAAUUAAAUCUGCUACUCUCCACAAGUGCUCCCUGAGCUGGUAAGUUUUUUUUUGACAUUUUAAUGUUUAAUUGUAGAAGCUCAUGCAACAAGUGUAAAAGUGUUGUAAAUAAUUACUGUAAUUGUACACCAAAGUCCUUUUGUGUAUAACUUUGUUGAUUUUUGCCAGUCAUGGAGGAAAAGUAUUUGGAAUUAUUAUCAGACAUGGUCUCUGAUCAACCAUAGACUAUUUACAAGACCAAAAUACAAGAUGCUUGUCAUUACAGUGCUGAUCACAGCUAACAGAUAAUAGCAAUUGUACAAUUUACAGUUAUCAGUUUGAGGUACAUUUGAUUUACAGUUGCUAGUGAAUUUAAAUGCAUUAAGCUCACCACCACAACUUGUUCCAUAUAACAAAAUAUCAAGACUGGAGUGACAAUACUGAAAAUGUGAGGGA